GGUCAGAUUGGACCUGCGAGGCGGAAGCACGCCCCUGAGGUUCCGGCGAGCGCAGCCCGGGCAGGAGCGGCAGCAUGGAGGAAGCGCCCCACGGCUGCCCCGGGGCCGACAGCACCCAGGCGGGCCGAGGAGCCUCGUGCCAGGGAUGCCCCAACCAGAGGCUGUGCGCGUCCGGAGCCGGCGCCGCACCGGACCCGGCUGUGGAGGAAAUCAGAGAGAAGAUGAAGACGGUGAGACACAGGAUCUUGGUGCUGUCGGGGAAAGGCGGUGUUGGCAAAAGCACGUUCAGUGCCCACCUCGCCCACGGCCUGGCGGAGGACGGAGACACACAGGUCGCUCUUCUGGACGUCGAUAUCUGUGGGCCAUCGAUUCCCAAGAUCAUGGGCUUAGAAGGAGAGCAGGUUCACCAGAGUGGCUCCGGCUGGUCUCCAGUGUACGUGGAGGACAACCUGGGGGUGAUGUCCGUGGGCUUCCUGCUCAGCAGCCCGGAUGAUGCUGUCAUCUGGAGGGGACCAAAGAAAAAUGGUAUGAUCAAGCAGUUCCUCCGUGACGUAGACUGGGGAGAUGUGGACUACCUCAUCGUAGACACGCCGCCCGGCACGUCCGAUGAACACCUCUCCGUGGUCCAGUAUCUGGCUGCGGCACACAUUGAUGGGGCGGUGAUCCUCACCACCCCUCAGGAGGUGGCCCUCCAGGACGUCCGGAAAGAGAUCAGCUUCUGUCACAAGGUGAAGCUUCCGAUCAUCGGUGUGGUUGAAAACAUGAGCGGUUUCAUCUGCCCCAAGUGCAAGAAAGAGUCUCAGAUCUUCCCUCCCACAACUGGGGGUGCAGAGGCCAUGUGCCAGGACCUGAAGAUCCCUCUUCUGGGCAAAGUGCCGCUGGAUCCACACAUAGGCAAGAGCUGUGACAAAGGCCAGUCUUUUUUUGUUGAAGCUCCAGACUCACCAGCUACAGCAGCCUACAAAAGCAUAAUCCAGAGGAUCCGAGACUUCUGUAAUUCUCGUCAGUCACACGGUGAGAAGCUUAUCAGUGCCUGAAGUGGAACACAGGGCUGCGUGCCACCUGCUAACCCCAGAGUGGGCAGGCCACGUGUCCAGCCACACCUGGUCAGUGGGGGUCCGGUGGUGCCACUGCCACCAGAUGCUGACAGGAUUCAAAGUCACUUCUUAAGACACUAUAGUCACCUAUCCGCCUAUUUCCUCGAGAUCAAAGGUACAGGCACUCUGCAUCCAGGUACAAUUCAUCGGAAAAUAAAAAUGUCUUCUUGAACCUGUCCCUUAGGGCCUGCUUUCUAGAAUCCCAGGGACUAUGAACUCUGAGUCACAGGACUCCAGAAGCUGUUUCUGCCUCAGGCAAUAAACUUAGGGAGAGCCAGAGGGAGGGUAUCACCAGCCUCUGACCUCACUGGCUCUCCAGUCAUGCUGGGAUCAGUGUGAGUGCUUUGGUUGGGGGCCAUUAGAACCCCUGGCAAAGCCUGUAAGUCACCCAUGAGGUAAUGGCUACCUUCAAGACAUCUGGUAAUUCCCAGGGUCCAGGGCAAACCAUUACCUGGCACUUCUGAGAGACAAAUGUAACUGUCCCCAUGGUCUGGCACUAAGACAUAGGACAGAGAGCUGCUGAGGGAAGUCAUUCCAGAUUCCCUCUGCACUGUGGCAGGACACUGGAAGGUGGGCAGCCCCCUCCCCUGUCCUCCCCUUCCCCUUUACACAUGAACUCUUGGAGUGUGCUGGGGUCCCUGUGGAGCAGAUGCAAGCUGUCCAAAGCUCGAUGGGUCCCAAGCAGGCCCUAGUCAUCAGGGUUCUAGCUCCAGAUCAACUUGGAAGACUGGAGAGAGCCCACCCAGGCCUGAAGCCGAGGUCAGGAGCCUCUGGCCUGCACCUACCGCUUACCUGGUGCUGGUGGAUGUCCAGCCCUUCCAGCCUGGUCUUCUCGAAGUCACCUGGGGAAUCCUGCAAGGCAAGCGGAGCCAUGACUGUCCCAACAAAGGGCAGGCUCACUGGGAGACCCACAGCCACACGUAGCAUCAUGCGGAGCACCAUACAGCCAAAAGGCCUCCUCCACCCCUCAUUUCUGACAACUUGACAAUUGGCAAUUAUUGAGACAGUUAUCCAAGAAAUAUUUCCUGGCUUCAAAAUAAAGCUUUGUCAUUCUUUUCUCGA